GGUACCCCUGGCCUCCUGCCGGGGCUUGACUACCCCUUCUCCCUGCAGGUCCUGCCGGAUCCCCGGUCCCCGGCCCUCUGCCUCCCCACCCCUUGGAGACUGAGGGUCCCAGCAGGCCAUGCAGCUGUGCCAAGGUGCCUCCAGCAUGGCUGCGGCCGAGGUGCCCAGCUACCUCGUGUCCCCUCAGACAGAGAAGCACCGGCGUGCCCGCAACUGGACGGACGCGGAGAUGCGUGGCCUCAUGCUCGUUUGGGAGGAGUUCUUCGACGAGCUGAAGCAGACCAAGCGCAACGCCAAGGUGUACGAGAAGAUGGCCAGCAAGCUGCUGGAGAUGACCGGGGAGCGCCGGCUGGGCGAGGAGAUCAAGAUCAAGAUCACCAACAUGACCUUCCAGUACAGGAAAUUAAAAUGCAUGACAGAUAGCGAGUCCGUCCCGCCCGACUGGCCCUAUUACCUAGCCAUUGAUAGGAUUCUGGCCAAGGUCCCCGAGUCCUGUGAUGGCAAACUCCCGGACGGCCAGCAGCCGGGGCCCUCCACGUCCCAGACCGAGGCGUCCCUGUCGCCGUCUGCUAAGUCCACCCCUCUGUACUUACCGUAUAACCAGUGCUCCUACGAAGGCCGCUUCCAGGACGAUGGCUCCGACAGCUCCUCCAGCUUACUGUCCCUUAAGUUCAGGUGUGUCUUCCUUCCCUGCCCCCACCUCCAGCAGGGGCCAGGAGCCCAGCGGCCAGAGGAGGGGCUGGGAGCGGUGAGGGCCGGCAGCUCUCGGGGCGGUGGCAUCCUCUGCCGUCCCUGGCUGGCUGCAAAGGCCUAG